AUGGACGCCAACCAGGCGCAACUCCGCCUCCAAGGACAGACAUCCCCAUUUCAGCUCAAUCUGAAGAACAAAUUCCGGAGAGAUCUCCCGCCUCGAUCAUUCCCCACAGUGACUAUGAAUCCGAACGAGACGUCGAUGAAGACAGAGUCAGUUGGAUUAGGGAUGUGGCCUUCACCAACGCCUCAAAGUAUAACGAGGCCUCGACCAGCAACGAUACACGAGACCGGAUUCUCAUACUGCAUGCCAGAAGUUUAUACCUCACUGCCGGCAUGGGACUCAUCAACCAUGCCAAUGCAUCCACUCAACGAUGGAAUUUCUCAGACGUAUUCGGUGCAACAAGACUUCUACUCGGCUACGCCAAACGCCGAAAGUAGGUCUGAGGCUCAAAGGGCAGGGCCUUAUGACAACCAAUAUGUAAAUUGUGUCCCAGAUGGCUGGAACACCAAGUCUUGCGAUGACGGUAUUGAAUUCCAUGGACUGGACACGGAUAUGAAUAUGGGACAGGCCUAUACUUCUGAUGAGAGCGCACAGAUCCUUGAUUUGAGAUAUCCCAGUCAUGUUAUGGACGGUGAUCAACUGAAUCUCGAGCAGUCGUAUGGCUCUCGCCGUAUGUCUGGUUCAUCUUUCACGAUGUCGACGUCGGGAGCCCUCUCCGAGAUGCCUUCUUAUGAAGACUUCUCGGCCUCUCUUUCGGAGGCGCCAUCUUUCAGCUCGGAAUACCCACCACCAUCGAACAGGAACUCUUUGAUGUCAUCGACUCAGUUAUCACCUGUUGCAUCACCGAGAAUGACGCCUCAAAACCGCUCCGAGCUGGUUCGAACACAGAGUCGGGGUCGCGCCUCUCCUUCACCGAGACCGAGCAUGCGAUCAGCACCAUAUACUAUGGACAGCACUCGCAACAAAAGAUGGUCCACCGGAUCUUAUGCGCCACUUCCAAAUCGCCGCCCGUCUCCUUUCGUCUACCAUCAAGGGCAUGAAGUUUUCACCCCUCAACCACCUAGGGUCUCGUCUCGGCACUCCUCGCCAAAUUUACAGCACGCUCAGCUGCCCCUGAAUAUGGCCAACUUGCAGCAAACACAACAGCAACACCCAUUCAUGAUGACAAAUAACAAUGGCUUCCAGCAAAGUAGCAUGCUUCUCCCAUCGCACAGUUACCAUGAGCCUCAUCAAUUCGAGACUCCACCGCCAUUGCUAUCACAUGGGCUUUUCCGGAUGCUACAAAGCAAUGCUGAUCCACACUCUUUGCAUUCGCAUUACUCCGAUCUAGGCGAUCCGCCUGAUCUCUACGCCUCGCUCCACGAAGAGCAAGUCCCACCACCGCCUGAGGACAUGAACCCAAGUGACCCCGAAAUGAUUCCCCACGAACAGGAACUCCGCUUCGACGGUGACCUCUACACGCCUCGUUGGGUCCGAGGUCACGGGAAUAAACGCGAAGGCUGGUGUGGUAUCUGCAAACCGGGACGAUGGCUCGUCCUAAAAAACAGCGCCUUCUGGUACGACAAGAGUUUCACCCAUGGUAUCAGCGCCGCGACUGGCAGCCCCUUUCAAGAGCCUCAAAAGACGCGCCGUAUGGAUGGCAAUCCCGACGUGUGGGAAGGCCUGUGCGGAAGCUGUAACGAGUGGGUUGCGCUGGUGAGUAGCAAGAAGAAGGGAACCACCUGGUUCAGACACGCCUACAAGUGCCAUACCCAUCCCAAGAUCAAGGACGCGCCAAAACGCCGCCGAGAGAGCAGUCACACCCGGUCGCUCGGGGCGUCGACAAUGGCCAAGCCCAAGAUGGAGCCUCCCAUGACGCCGCAGAUGACGCCGAGCUCCUCGGCCAUGAACACGCCGGCUACGGGCAUGCUACCGCAGCAUCACCGCAAAGUGCUGAGUCCCCUGGAUGGACUGCUGCACGUCUACCGUAACUCAUUCGAUUUAGAGUCUUGCAGAGAGUCAGGUUUGAUGAUCUCGGGUGGGAAGACGCCGAAUCAGGUCCAGGUCGAGGUCCGGGCCCUUUACGACUCGGACCUUGGAGGACCGAAUGCAAUUGAGGUGACGCUAAUGGCGUUUGCAGUGAUGUUCGGAUGA